AUGGCACUACUACAAUCUUCUUUGAUAUGGGUAGUAUACGCGAUCGUGUUUUUCCUCCUCGUCGCUGUGGCAUCCAUUUUCAUCUACAUCUACCAAACCCCGAGUGAAAGGUCUACAUACGUCACCACGGUUUGCAUAUUCACCCUCACAGCGCUACUAGCAACAGUCCUCUUACUGCCAGUCGAUGUGGCUUUGGUAUCUUCUACCACGUCAUCUAGGGAAGGACGACGAAAAUCCUGGGCGACUCAGGAUGAGGUCGACAAGAUUACCUUCUCCUUAACUGUAGCCUAUUAUUUUCUUUACUCCCUCGAUGCGGUGCUUUGUCUGCUGGUGGUACCUUUCACCUACUUCUGGUACGAAGAAUAUGAUGAAGUAGCAAGCGAGGACGGUUCUCAGACUUUCAGGAAAAGAUUUUGGGGUGCCUUCAAAUACACUGUGGCUUUCAUUCUGUUGACGGUUAUCCUAUUUCUGGUUGGAUUCUUCGUCCCCGUUGGCCGAAGAAAGGACGAACCCAAUCUUGAUCUGGACUAUUUCAGAAGGCUGCUCACAGAAAAUCAUGGAGAACGAGCUUUAACCUUUGCUCUCGGCUUGCUCAUUACAAUUGGUAUUUUGGUGUAUGUCUUGUAUACAUCUACCGGCCUAGCCUUGCUACCCGUCACUUUUAUCAAGUCGGCCCCAGCCAUUUCCAGCCCUAGUCUUAGUGCGAACACAGCUUCACGGCUUGAAGAGAACAUAGAACGCCAACGCCAGCUAGAAGGUCGCUGCGGUGGAAAUCCGGAUCGCCUACCCUCGAAACAACGAAGGGAACUUGAUUCUUUGGUGCGCCAAGCGCGGACCUUACGACGACGGCAGCGUCUGGCAGAAGAAGCUCGCCGGCCCAGCGGGAGCUGGCUCCUGAAUGCGUGGUUUAAGCUGUCAGCUGUUUUCCGUCCACUUAAACUUCUUAGUGGCUUGCUUUUACUUGCUAUUGCUAUGUUGGUUUGGGUCUCCAUGCUCCUGACUAGUAUUGACAAGGCGAUGAAUUCUAUCUGCAAACAGAAUUGCGGUUAUAUCCUAGGAAAAACCAACAUCCUCAACCCGGUUAACUGGGUAUUCGUCCAUUCUGCCAAGGUAUUCCCGGUUGAUUACAUCCUCUUCGUAUUCCUAGUGCUCUUUUUCUUCUGCAGUUCCGUCGUUGGAAUUGCAACGACAGGAAUACGCUUUUUAUGGGUCAGAAUAUUCCAGCUCCGCAAGGGCCAUACGUCACCGCAGGCGCUCCUUAUCACAACGGUUAUGCUGACUCUGAUCACGCUCGCACUCAAUUACUCGAUCUCUAUGGCAGUCGCUCCACAAUAUGCAACGUACGGUCCACAGACUUUCUGUGACCACCCACCUAAGCUCCCCGGGGAACAGCCAGACUGUACCGGCCUGGAACCACUUAUCAAGCCUUGCUCUGAACUAGCAGAAAACCCGACCGCCAAGGAAAUUUGCACACCCACGGUCGUCAGUACAUUUCUGAACCGUAUCACUUUAAAUUUCCCAUUUUUCGGUAUAGUCGACUUCUGGGCGCAGUUCUUCUUUCUUGGGCUCUCUCUUCUUGUUUUCCUCGUCACAAUAUUCCGAACACCGAAGUUAGACGAACAGCAAUUCGACGAGGACGCGGAAGCAGCAGAGGAAGAAGGACUGUUGGCAAGUACUGGGAGGAGAUUUGGGGCCACGUGGGAAGAUAUAACGGGACGAGCGAGCAGAUCGCCUCAAGUAUCUGGCUCCGCUGGUCGGGGAACUCGUGAAUGAACCGACCGGGGCGUGAUGGAGAGAAAGAAUACCUCAUAUACUUCAUAAGUCGAGAAACUCGAUGACUUAUUUUACACCGCUUUCCUCGGAUAGGUUUUAUUUGCAUCUGUGUCUUUGGUGACUAGCUUGGGACUCGGGAGAUGCGAUGGGAUGUUGGAAGCCUCAUGUGGAUUGUGGUUCCCGAUAUCCAAGUAGCAAUGUACGGCUGUGAGAUUUUCAGUCAAGGGCGGUUCAAGGCUGGGUUGGAGAGGUUGGGUUGGAGGGUAAGUUGUGGGGUUGAAGGCAUGUAUAUUUGCCCACCGGUCCGGAGUUGGGUUAUUUAUUUCAAGUAAUUGGCUAGCAACUUUAUGAGGUUCUCAUUGAAGAGGUUUCCACAAGGUAUUUCGGGCUGCACCCGGGUAUUGGUUGAUCUUGUGCUUCGCUGAUGGACCUCAAAGGAGGUCUGCAUUACUUCCAGAACUAACAGGGUUUCAUACAACAAGAGAAAUCAAUCAGCCUCUUGUACGAGAGUUUUACUUUAAAUAUGACGUUAACUUGUAUAUUAUAUUGUCAGGAAUAUCUAAGAAUAUAUACUUAAUUUAUAUG